CACUUCCUUGUUAGAUCUAAUCGACCAUAUCGAAGUCGUCCAUAUCGAAAAAGACCCCAGAGUUCUCGAGAAACAAGAGGCUGCUCAGCCGACGGCGCUACCUCUAUCGUACAUCAACUGCUUCUUCACCGAUGCAGCACGCAAUGCCAAACAGAAAGACCCUGUUUUGACUGCUACAGAACCAGUCACGCCAAGCCCAGACCACAAUGUAAUAAAAAAGAAGAGAACAACCCCUCCUAAAAUACCUAUUCCGACACUGAAUACACCAGAUACGCUUGACGGGGGAGAGGAAGAUGGCAAUUUGAGUGACAAUAGCGACGAUUCUUGGACUUCUGAUAGUUUUGCCAGCGACCUGGUAUUGAACGCCGUGGCAACAGAUGAUGGCGAAGGGAAACGAUAUAUUUGUCCAGUUCCUGGGUGCGGAAAACGAUACAAGAAUGUUAACGGAAUAAAAUACCAUGCCAAGUAUGGCCACAGGAAAGACUCGAGCCGACCAAAGCUGAAAGCUCAUAAAUGCCAUUGUGGGAAAAGCUACAAAAGCCCAAGUGGCCUUCGACACCACAUACUAACGCAACAUCCGACCGGGCCAAAGCAUUCUUUACCACAGGAACUUGAAAAUAUGGCGUGAAAACAAGGAAGUUGUUUUGAAAGAUUGUGGAGUCGAAAGUUGGGGUAACUUAAUUUCGUGUACAUUUCUUUUCCCAAAGGGGCUCUCUGUAGUCUUCAAGACACGAACCAGCUGUUGCCUAAAUGGGUUACCAUCCGUUUAUUUCUCUUAUGUAGACUGAGAAUUAUGUUUCUUCGGCUUUUGAGUUUUAUAGAUGGGACUUCACAGCCGUACUGACUAAUUUCUCAGCAAAGAAGAACGAAACAAGCAGAAUUUAGCUUUCGAGUCAUGAUCCUUCGGGAAUAUGCGGUAGGAAAUGGGUAAUCAGAUUUCAAAUGUAUAGAUCACUUGACGCGUUGAUGACUUCCUUCGUCGCUUCUUCGGUUGCACAACGUAUUUCUCUUUUGUCUGAUCAGAAUAUUCACCAGACUCUAAAACUGAUAAACGAGAACUUGACCGUUUCUAGCGGCAUUUGCCAAACCGAUAAGGUAUUUGCUAAGUUCUUGAGUUUACGUCUGUUGUUUCUCCGUGAAAUGUACACAGUUGACACGAAACGGUUGGCGAUAACGUUCCUCUCGUUUUCGUUUCCUUUGUGAUUUAUUUCCACCAGAUUAAUUGAGUGCUUACACUGUGCAAGAUCAGUGGGAUUUCUUACUUGUUAAAGAGAGAGUUUUAUUUAUGAAAAAGUGUUAAUUAUUGUACAGUUACGACAUCGUGCCCAGAUUGUAUUUAGACUGAAACAGACACAUUUUUAAACGCGUGGUUUUAUUUCGCUUUUUUUCCUCUUGGAUGUCAUUCCAUUUAAAAAUUGUAAAUAGAUUAACUUAUGUUGUGAACACAAAGUUUUAAAAAAUGGAUCCCUAAUAUAAUAAAAUACCAAAAAAUAACUUAUUAAUUUUA